UAAUUCUGCCAGUUAAUCAGUCUAGUGUAAAAGCAUAGUCACCCUAUCUCUUUUAAAUAUGAUCGGCUCAAAUGAUCAUGACGUAAUGCUGCAAGGGAUGAGAAAGAGUGAGUGCGACUAAUAAUUGUUGUCUUUCUGGGAAAGACGAUUUAAAGACAUCUCACUGCAAAUUGAAAAGUUGCUUUGGUCAUCAUUUUUCCAUCUGACAGAUUUCUUUCCGACGUCUUGCCGAGUGGUUGCCAGCUAAGUAAACUGAAAGGCAUGGCUAAUCCUAGGAUGCAGUCCGUAUAGGUUAAAAAAUACAGAAAAAGCACUUUAGUUUAGCAAGAUGUCGCUUUCUAUUGUUUUAAAAAAUGAUUUUACAUAAUUAUAUGCAAUACUUGUAUUAGUUUCAACCAGUGAACUCUCAACUAUCGAUCAUCCGACCACACGACGACCAUUUCCGGUGUUUACUCGAAACGAUAACAACAAGUCUUCGGGAGAAUAAUGUUGUGAGUGCUAUAGAAAAAAUUUUCAGAGGAUAGUGUGUGUAUAACAUAUACGACUUUAUCUUUUUUCGGGUUGCUCGUAUACUUUACAGAAAACCCGUAAUGGGUAACUGUUUGAAAAGUCCAACUUCAGAUGAUAUUUCACUUCUACAUGAAGAACACGGAGCAUUAAAUACGCGAGGAGAGCCGCCUCCGCCAUAUCAGGAAGACCCACCAUAUUCGUAUUUUAUUCAAAGCCAGAGGGCCCCGCAUCUUCUCUCUGAAGAGCAGCAAAUUCGCUUAGCCCAACGACUUGGCUUAAUCCAACAUUUACCUGUUGGGAAAUACGAUGAAACAAAAAAGAAAAGAGAGUGUGCUAUAUGUAUGGUAGACUUUGAUUAUGGUGAUGCUAUACGGUUUUUGCCCUGUCUGCAUAUCUAUCACAAGGAAUGUAUUGAUGAUUGGUUAAUACGGUCAUUUACUUGUCCAUCAUGUAUGGAGCCAGUUGACGCUGCCUUGCUAUCUUCCUACGAAACAUCGGAUUGAUUGAAGGAUUACCAAGACUGACGCCAAUGACUGUUUUAACACCAUCUGCACAAGAAAUGUAAAUGUUUUUGAGAAGUAAUUGUAAUUUAUGGGCAUUACACUUCCAGUUUAAGUACAGUUUAGCUGUGACGCAGGUAUAGCUUAAGUUGCGUUGAGGCUAUAGAUAGGCCUUUUUUUCCAUUAUCUGAGUUGCAAAAUGAUUAGGUUUUAUCCUUGGCAUUCCUUGCAUCAUGCUAUUUGUAAAAAUUAGAACUUUCCUAUUGAUAUUGUUUUCAUAACAUCAGUUUCACAGUUAAAAAGGCCUUCUUUUUAUUGUGACAAUUGAUGUCAAUGACAGAAAAUAAUUAUGAAGAGAAAAAGGAAAUUUGUGUUAUAAAAGUUUGUACAUUGUAACACAAUUAAGAUUUGAUUACAAGAACUAACCAAACCAAGAAAAAAAAAUUGAUUAUUAUUUCAGUAAUUGGUUUAGCAAAUCACAGAAACCAGGCUAGACAGUGAUCAUACAUGUUACCCUAGCUAGUGUAUUUAAAACAGUUUAAUCAAGUAAUUUGGUAUGAUAUGAUAAAGUCGAUUGAUGUUAUAAUACAUAGUUAUCUAUUUUUGAAUGUAAAAAUCUGUAAAAAGUAUUGGAUGGUAAAUAGUUUUAAAACAAAAAAAAGGUGAUUCAGUGGACAAAGUGGGAAAACAUUUGUCAUGACUAAAAUAUCAUGAAUAUUAUGACAAUGAUUACAUCAGUACCAUUGAACGGCAAACAAACAGUUAAACAAACAUAUUGUUGUAUAGAGGUCACUCACUGGUCAGUACUCACUCGUUUAGUGAUCUCACUAUUUUUCCUGUAUAGUUAUUUGUAGUAUUGGCUAUAUUGUUUUCUCAUUCUAUGUAUUGAAUCACUGGUCCAGUACACAACAUUAAACACAACAUUAAUCACCAGACAAGUGACUAUUUAGGACGAUAUUUUACUUCGGUUAUAAAUUGAAAUGUACCAACCAUUGUUAAUUUGUGUACAAGUCAGUAGCCUGCACCAAAGUUUCACCAUGUGCAAUGUAAAUAAUGUAUUUUGUUUUCGCGCAAAUUAGAGGGUGUAAAUAGACGAGGGAACUAAUUUAUAGAAUAGACAAAUUUAAAAAAUAUUCGAUGAUGUGGUGUAUUUAUAUUUCGCAAUAUGUUUUAUGACGUGUA